AAGAGUCGAGUGUAAAGAUUAAGACUUUUUGGAAGACAAAAGGGCUAUUGACUGGGUGAAAAUGGGCUUUAAAAAGCCCACAUGCUUCAGAUAAUCGGCUCGGAAGAUUAACCGACUUUACAGCUUAUGAUCAUGAUUAUAAAUACGCGUGUGAUGCGGCCGCAACCUAUUUAUACCCUCAAAACUUUCAAUCCUUUCGCUUUCCUUUCUUCUUCUUCAGAGUCGACUGUUUCGGAAUGGACGCGAGCAAUACAAGCGACGCCUACAUUAGAAUCACCAACGAUGUUAUCAGCAAGUCUCGAAACGACCUCGUCUUCACUGGAGAACUCGAUGAGUCUGUUCUUACCGAGCUUCAUUCGAUUUGGAGAAGGAAGAUGAUACAAGCCGGAGUCAUAAGAGGAACCAUAGAAACAUCUUCUCCUCCGAUUCAGAAUCCAAAUCCUUUGCAUGGAUAUGCUCAGAAUAAGAGUGGGAUUGACUCUGAUCCGCAGUUUCCAUCCACGGAGCUUUCGAUGUCGAUAAAGAACGAGGGUGAAGGACUUUACAUUCCUCAGCAAGAUGGUGCUAGUGAUGAUAUAAAGCCAAGCGCUUUUGCUCCUCAUGAUGAUGAUGAUGAAAGUUUGAACGAGGAUGAUGAUUAUGAGGAAGAUGAUAUCAAUGAUGAUGAGGAUAUUCCGCAUUUGAUCAUGUGUCAGUUUGAUUAUGUAAAGAAGCGUAAGAACAAGUGGGAGUGCAAACUCAAAGCUGGGGUUAUGCAAAUCAACGAAAAGAACAUUCUUUUCUCUGAGACCAAAGGAGAUUUUACCUUCUAAGAGAAGCCUUAUGUGAUCUGACUCUUUUUCGCUAGACUUUCUACUGAAUAAAUGCAAACUCUUAAUGUACAUAACAUUGUUUUGGCUUUGUUCCAAUACAUUGGUUGCAAUGGAGUUAAUAAAUGGAAAUUACAAAUUUGAAUC